UGUAUACCUUGGGAAAUGAAAAUAAAAGAAGUUGAAAGUCAUUUUGGUUCUUCAGUGGCAUCUUAUUUCAUAUUUCUGCGAUGGAUGUAUGGCCUAAACCUGGUUCUGUUUGGCUUAAUAUUUGGACUAGUUAUAAUUCCAGAGAUUUUAAUGGGUAUGCCAUAUGGAAGUAUACCUAGAAAAAUUGUACCCAGGACUGAACAACCCACUGCUAUGGAUUUCUCUGUUCUUUGGGAUUUUGAGGGUUAUAUUAAAUAUUCAGCCAUUUUCUAUGGCUACUACAAUAAUCAAAGGACAAUUGGUUGGUUAAAGUACAGGCUACCAAUGGCAUAUUUCAUGGUUGGUGUCAUCGGCGUGUAUGGCUAUAGCCUGAUGGUUGUAAUAAGAUCGAUGGCCCAGAAUGCCCAUGAAGAUACAGGGGAUGGAGAUGAUGAGAACUUCAUUUUUAGCUGGAAAAUGUUCACUAGCUGGGAUUUCCUUAUAGGCAAUCCAGAGACAGCAGAUAACAAGUUUGCAUCCAUCACAACUAGCUUCAAGGAGUCAAUUGUGGAUGAGCAAGAAAGCAACAAAGAUGAAAACAUCCAUCUAAGAAGAUUUCUGAGGGUUUCGGCCAAUGUACUUAUAAUAUGUUGCUUAUGUGGAAGUGGCUACCUCAUUUAUUUUGUUGUGAAACGAUCCCAGGCCUUUUCAAAAUUGCAAAACAUUGGCUGGUAUGAAAGAAAUGAAGUUGAAAUUGUUAUGUCGCUACUUGGAAUGUUUUGCCCUCCACUGUUCGAAACUAUUGCAGCUUUAGAAGAUUAUCAUCCUCGCAUUGGGCUGAAAUGGCAACUGGGACGGAUUUUUGCACUUUUCCUGGGGAAUCUAUACACAUUCUUAUUGGCCUUAAUGGAUGAUGUCAAGGAAAAGCUGACUGAAGAAGGUGUGAUUAGGAACAUCACGCAUUGGACUGUCCUAACCUUCCAUAACUCAUCUUUGAGGAAUGGAAGUGCUCUUAUUCCACCUCCAAUGGAUCCAGCUGAUGUACCACAAGGACCUUGCUGGGAAACAACUGUGGGGAUAGAAUUUAUGAGGCUUACGGUAUCUGAUAUUCUCGUGACAUUUGUAACGAUCCUAGUGGGAGAUUUUCUUCGGGCUUGUUUUGUCAGAUUCGUAAACUACUGCUGGUGUUGGGAUCUCGAGGCUGGAUUCCCUUCAUAUGGAGAAUUUGAUAUUAGUGGUAAUGUGCUAGGUUUGGUCUUCAAUCAAGGAAUGAUCUGGAUGGGAUCCUUUUAUGCCCCAGGACUUGUGGGGAUCAACGUAUUACGUUUAUUAAUCUCCAUGUAUUUCCAGACCUGGGCUGUUAUGAGCAGCAAUGUCCCCCAUGAACGAGUGUUCAAAGCUUCUAAAUCCAAUAAUUUUUACAUGGGACUCUUGCUGUUGAUUUUGUUCCUUAGUGUGUUACCAGUUGCAUAUACAAUAAUGUCUCUGCCUCCUUCCUUUGACUGUGGACCAUUCAGUGGAAAAAAGAAAAUGUACGAUGUUAUCCAAGAGACCAUCAAAUAUGAUUUCCCACCUCUUGUAGCCAAUGUCUUAGGUUAUUUGGCAAAUCCAGGACUAAUUAUAACCGCAGGGUUGCUUAUGAUUCUUGCCAUAUAUUACCUAAAUGCUGUGGCUGAAGGAUACAAACAUGCCAAUGCAGAGCUGAAAAAGAAAAUGCAAAUGAAACGUGAAGAUGAUAAAAAUGAGAAUAAGCUUUUUGCCAAUUCUGCAAUGCAAGAACUAGAAGACUUGCUUAUUCCAUAUGCAAAAAACAUGGAAGGACCCAAUGCAGCUAAAGAUAAGCCUAUGUCACCAAGCUAUAAAAACCAUUCUCCAGAGAAAGAGACAAAUUCAAAUCCUACGAAAAGAGUACUGUUGUCAUCCUCAUCUUCUGUGAUAGUGACCCAGCCACUUACUCCAAGAAGAGGUGUCUCUAGUCAACUAAAACCAAGAUCUUAUCCAAGGCAGCCUUAUCCAGGAAUUGGAGGAGGGGAACCUAGUAACAAUGGCACAGAAGUAGUAAUGAUAUCUACUACAUCAUGA